CAAGACUCCUCAGAAAGUCAUCCAAACAAUGAAGAGAUCAUUACCAAUACCAUCUCUCUUACAUUAUUAUCAGGUUGUGUCUCAUAUUAUUUUCUUCAGUGUCUUUGUUGUUUCCUUGUUUGUUGCAGUACUAUCCCAUGAAGAAGAACAAGAGAGAUCACAAGUAGAAGUGGAGGGGUAUGGUUACACAAUCCGAUCAGUUGGCACCGAAUCCUCAUCAGGAAACUCGUUGACUGCUCAUCUUCAACUCAUCCAUAAUUCAUCGGUUUUCGGGCCCGAUGUUCAGAAUCUCAACCUCAUCGCCAGCUAUGAGAGCAGCGAUCGAUUGAGAAUCCGGAUAACAGACGCGGACCACCAGAGAUGGGAAGUCCCGCAGCAAUUCCUACCCCGCCGCCAGAGCCUCCCACUCCUACAACAGUUACAGCAGGGGGCGACCCUCCAACCUCCUCGGACGAUAGAAACAACAGAAAGGCACUUCCUCCUCUCCGACCCCACCUCAGACCUUACUUUCACUCUCCACAACACCACUCCCUUCGGAUUCACCGUCUCCCGCCUCUCCUCCGGCGACAUCCUCUUCGACACCUCGCCGGAUGCCUCCGAUUCCGGCACAUUUCUCAUCUUCAAGGAUCAGUACCUGCAGCUCUCAUCUUCUCUCCCUCCCCACCGCUCCUCCCUCUACGGCCUCGGAGAGCACACCAAGAAUUCCUUCAAGCUCACCCACAACCAGACACUCACCCUCUGGAACGCCGACAUCGGAAGUGCCAAUCUCGACCUCAAUCUAUAUGGCUCUCACCCCUUCUACAUGGACGUCAGGUCACCCGAUGAUGAUGAUGAUGAGGCAGGAACCACCCACGGUGUGCUGUUGCUCAACAGCAAUGGCAUGGACAUUGUGUACACUGGUGAUAGGAUUACUUAUAAAGUCAUUGGGGGUAUUCUUGAUCUUUAUUUCUUUGCCGGACCCACGCCCACGAUGGUGGUGGAGCAAUACACACAGCUCAUUGGCCGCCCAGCCCCAAUGCCAUACUGGUCUUUUGGAUUUCACCAGUGCAGAUGGGGCUACCAAAAUGUUUCUGAUGUUGAGGGAGUGGUUAAUGGCUAUGCCAAAGCUGGAAUUCCACUAGAGGUCAUGUGGACAGAUAUUGAUUAUAUGGAUGGUUAUAAGGAUUUCACACUUGAUCCUGUUUACUUUCCCGUUCACCAGAUGAAGAAAUUUGUUGAUACUCUUCACUACAAUGGUCAGAAAUAUGUGCUCAUCUUGGAUCCUGGAAUCAGUGUCAACUAUACAUAUGGAACCUACAUAAGAGGGAUGCAAGCUGACAUCUUCAUAAAACGUGAUGGUGUACCUUACCUGGGGGUGGUUUGGCCAGGGCCUGUCUACUACCCUGAUUUUCUAAAUCCAACCGGUGCAAUCUUUUGGGGUGAUGAGAUCAAUAGGUUCCGAAAUAUUCUCCCUUUUGAUGGCAUCUGGCUUGACAUGAAUGAGAUAUCGAAUUUCAAUUCUUCCUCUCCCAUUCCAUUUUCAACACUUGAUAACCCUCCCUAUAAGAUUAACAAUUCUGGAGGGCAACGGCCCAUAAAUGAAAGAACUGUUCCGGCAACUUCUCUACACUUCGCUAACAUCACAGCAUACGAUGCCCACAACCUUUACGGGUUCUUGGAAUCCAUUGCCACUAAUCAGGCCUUAGUCAAAGUGACUCAAAAAAGGCCAUUUAUACUAGCUAGAUCAACUUUCGUGGGCUCUGGCAAGUACACAGCACAUUGGACUGGAGACAAUGCUGCCACAUGGGAAGACUUGGCAUACUCAAUCCCGAGCAUCUUGAAUUUCGGACUGUUUGGAAUUCCAAUGGUUGGAGCAGAUAUAUGUGGUUUUUCUGGAGAUACAACUGAAGAGCUCUGCCAACGUUGGAUUCAGCUAGGGGCCUUUUAUCCCUUUGCUAGAGAUCACUCAGCCAAGGAUACUAACCGUCAAGAGCUUUAUCUCUGGGAUUCAGUUGCUGCAACAGCCAAGAACGUUCUUGGGCUCCGCUACCGUCUACUCCCUUACUUUUACAUGUUGAUGUACGAGGCACAUACAAAAGGAACCCCCAUUGCACGUCCCCUUUUCUUCUCAUUCCCUCAAGAUAUAGCAACUUAUGAAAUCAAUUCACAGUUCCUAAUUGGUAAAGGUGUAAUGGUGUCACCUGCAUUGAAGCCAGGCACUGUAUCAGUCGAUGCAUACUUCCCAGCAGGAAACUGGUUUGACCUCUUCAACUAUUCACAUUCAGUGAGCAUAAAACGGGGAAAGCAUGUCACUCUUGAUACACCAUCUGAUUAUGUAAACGUACAUGUCCGAGAAGGGAAUAUAUUGGCCAUGCAAGGAGAAGCAAUGACAACAGAAGCAGCUCGGAGGACACCAUUCGAGCUAUUGGUGGUUGUCAGCAGUAGUGAAAACAGCACCGGAGAAGUUUUCUUGGAUGAUGGAGAGGAAGUAGAGAUGGGCAAGGAGGGAGGAAGGUGGACUUUAGUGAGUUUGUAUGGUAGAGUCGUGGGGAAUAAGGUAAUUGUUGGAACGGUGGUUGUGAACAGAGAAUUUGCAACGAGUCAGAAGUGGAUCAUAGAAAAGAUGACAUUUGUCGGGCUAAAAAAUUUUAAAAUGUUGAAGGGUUAUGAGUUAAUCACUAACUUAGGAGCGAAACUGUUUGGAAACUUCAGCACAAGUUUUAAGGACAAUGGCCGGUUUGUUACAAUUGAGAUGUCCGGGUUGUCACUGCUUAUAGGAGAAGAGUUUAAGUUAGAGCUGAAUUUAGGCUAGUAAUCAAGGAAUUGAAAGCCAUGAAAAGAAGUUGCAAAUGGCAUUCUUAACAUGUGAUGUUUGCUUGUGUAUGUUUAUUGUGGUUAAUGAAAUGAUAAGAAGAGUCGUGCAAAUGCCAUCUUCAUCAUCUUUGGGAGAA